CGGACAUUGCAUAUUGCCGUAUUGCCGCCAGUUUCCAGCUUCCCGCCAAAAACAAACCAGUGGCCUGUGCACGUCGUUGACGCUUCUUUGUGUCGAUGUUCUUGUCGUGAUUCUCAUUGCUGUAUACGAUGACCAUAACAUCGAGUAGUCCACGUAUUGAAGCUGGCUUUCGUUGGAUCGGUGACUACACCGUUCCCGACAGACGCUCCAAGCACAAACAUUACCAAAGAUUUUCUGUCUCCGGCAUCCAGUACAACGUCGGCGACCAUGUCCUCGUUCGCGACAACGACAGCAUGGACCCCGAGCACCUUCAGAACUGCUACGUCGCUCGCGUUAAAGCAGCCUUUGACACGGGUGAUACAGGCACGGACCAUCGCUUUGCCAAGGUACAGUGGUACGCACGCGUCACGGAAUUGCCGCCAGCACUCCAGGCCACCUUGGGAACAACAGACUACUUUAGGGAUGUUAUCCUCGACAACCGAACAGCCUGGUCGGACAAGAUAGAUAUUGAGACAAUUUUUGGAAAAUGUUCGGUGGUCCUGUUAAAGCCUACCGUGACAGCAGAAAUCGUGUUUGAGAUGGCCGACCCCGAAGGAAAUCCAUUAUUUUUAUGCCGUUGGCAGUACAACGGUAGAAAGGUCGAACCCGUCGUAAAGGAGGAAGAACCGACGAGAUCACGGAGAGGAUCAUCCACGACUAAAAAGUCAGAGAGGGUGUCUGCCAGGUCUAGCAAAUCGAAGGAACGAAGCUUAAGUUGUGGCAAAUCUGCAGGGCAGCCAAAGAGUCGUAAAAACCUCUUCCAAGAUUCAACACCCACACAUGCUAAGUCGAUUGCCAGCCUGCCUGCAGAUGGAAAGCUGCAUGCUAUGAAAGUUCUCGUGGACUUGAGUCCGAAAAAGCAUCCAGGGUCACCUCACAAACGCAAUCUGACAUUUGACGAAUGUGAUCAUAAAGGUGGCAGCUAUGGGAAAUACGAGAGCGACGUCCAAAAGGAAGGCUACGAAAAAUCUCCUCCAAAGAUGAGCCGCAAGGACGUCACGCGUGGCAGGAUAUACUCCGAGAGCAAAGUAAAAACAUCGAGGUCAGGUGUCAGUUCACUCAGUACAACAAAGUCGCGGAAAUCUGUAUGUUUCGAUGACGACGUGUUCGUUACGCCCACUAAAAAGACUCCGGUGAAAUCUUCUACGAAACUGUGCCUCACCGAGCCUGCUAAGCGGAGGACGCACAGUGGAGAAAGACAGCUGUACACUACACGAUCGGGACGGAGGGUUUCCAGUUUACGGAAGUCUGUCAGAGAGCUGGAUGACAGUGGUGACGAUGAAGUGUUUGCCAAUAGGACACCAAGAAGUAGAAGGAGGUUGGAUAUGGAUGAGAUUUCCAAAAGGCCAUCAUAUAUCACGGACACAGAUACAAGUGAUGGAGAUGAUAGUUUCAAAGAGGACGGAAUGGAAUCGUCAACGUCAGACAGUGACUUUGAGGAGGAUGCCAGGAGACAACCACGCAAGGCCUCGACGAAGAAAUCUUCAACAAAAUCGCUUACACGGAAGUCAUCCGCGAUGCUCACGCCCUCACUUCCGAAGAGACAGCAUGCACUAAGUCAGAACAGAACCCCGCUUGAUGAAGCAAAACUGAGGCUUCACGUAUCUGCAGUUCCAGACAGCCUGCCGUGCAGAGAACAAGAGUUUGCAGACGUCUACUCCUUUGUAGAAGGAAAAUUGCUGGACGGCACCGGCGGGUGCAUGUACAUAUCUGGGGUGCCUGGAACCGGAAAGACUGCAACCGUCCAUGAAGUAGUGCGCUGCCUGGAACAGUCCCGAGAGAGUGGGCACAUACCUUCCUUUAAGUUCAUUGAGGUUAAUGGCAUGAAGCUCACGACACCAUUUCAAGCGUACAGCCACAUACUCAAGGAACUGACAGGUGAAAAAGUGACAGCAGAGCAUGCAGCGGAUCUACUUGAGCAGAGGUUCAGUCGUAACGGGCCAAGACGUGAACCCGUCGUUCUCCUGGUUGACGAACUAGACCUGCUGUGGACGCGGAAGCAACAGGUCAUGUACAACCUCUUCAAUUGGCCGACUCACCCAUGGGCCAAGCUUAUCGUGCUCGCGGUCGCAAAUACGAUGGACCUCCCGGAGCGCAUCAUGAUGAACAGGGUUUCCAGUCGCUUGGGUCUCACGAGGAAAACGUUUCACCCCUACAACUAUAAACAGCUUCAGGAAAUUGUCAUGUCGAGGAUGAGAGGUCUGGAUGCUUUUGACCCAGAUGCUAUACAGCUUGUUGCUAGAAAGGUCGCUGCGGUAUCUGGAGACGCUCGCCGUGCGCUCGAUGUUUGUCGAAGGGCUGCGGAACUUGCCGAAACUGUGGUCAGCAGCAGUCCAAGAAAGAGGUUGCAGCACUUUGUCACCAUGACACACAUCGAUCAGGCAAUUCAGGAGAUGUUUGCAUCUCCCAAGAUCUUGGCAAUGCGGUGCCUUUCUGUACACGAGCAGCUGUUUCUGCGUGCUGUUGCUGCAGAAUUUCAAAGGACAGGAGUAGAAGAAGCAACAUUUUCCAAAGUGUUCCAACAGCAUCGCACUUUAUGCCGACUCGAAGGUGUUCCACCCCCAACAGCUUCUGAGGCAUCGGCAGUGUGCUCAAGACUAUCGAGUUGCCGCUUGCUAUUUGUUGAGGACGGCCGCAAGGACAUCUUGAGCAGAAUUCAUCUUAAUGUCAGUGUUGACGACGUCAAUUAUGCUCUGAAAGACAACUGAGGACGUGGUGUAUGACUCGUAAGCUUUUUACAGCGGACUGCUUUUUUAAAUGGAUCUCAAAGGGGGUGAAAAACAAAUGUUCAAUUUAUCAGAAGCAUCAUUUUAACAAAGUGUACAUAUUUCGUGAAAUAGAGCUUAUUUCAAAAGACCAA